AUGUGGACCAAUGACGUGGUUACCAACAAUUCCGCGCCAAGCAUUAACUUUGAAAACUACUUGAGACUGCUCUUCCUGAUAUCAAUGGGGAUUUUGCUGGGCAUAGUGGACAACAUGUCAACUCUGGAAUACUGUCAAGGAAUCACAACACGUUGCAGAUCUGCAUGGCAAAACGUUCACAACUGUAACCUAUGUCCCUAUUUUACAACUUCGCUUUUCUUUAUGGUGAACCACGUGAGACGACACCGUUCAUCUCUGGAGGAAUUUACUUGCGACAACGCCAAAAUUGAAGCUUAUUAUUGUAAAGACUGUGAUUAUAAGACGGAACUAACAGUUUUGUUCAAACAACACAUUUAUAAACAUCACGGCCUUAAGAGAGAAUCUGAAAAGGUUUUUUCAAGUGAGGAUUUCCGCAUACAAACCUACGUUUGCCAAAAAUGCGACUUUGAAACAAAUCUCUCGUUGAACUGGCUUCAGCACACUUUAAUAUGUACGAGAAAUAAAGAAAAUCUUCAAAAUGUGAACUUUGCAAAAGAAAAGAUUACAAACAAUUCCGACUUUAACCAAUGUCACGAAAUGCCUUGGUGUUAUUGUGCUGAAUGUCCCUACACAACUAAACUCCAAAAAUAUUUGAAACGUCACAUUAAAAAUACCCAUUCGAACAAACGUCUCCACAUAGAUGAGGACGAUAUUGAAUGGCACAAGUGCCAAAAAUGUCCAUUCAAGACCAAAGCUAAAGCUAAUUUAAAGAAACACAUAAAAAACUUACACUUGAAGGACGAAGAUGUUAAAUGGUACAAAUGCAAUGUGUGUUCUUUCAAAACUAAGCACAAAAAAUCCUUAAACGUACACGUAGGAAUAAAACAUCUAGAUGAAGAAAAAAUUAAAUGGUAUGAAUGUGAAAAUUGUCCAUACAGAGCUAAACUACCGUCGCAUUUAAGAAAUCAUGUAAUUUUUCAACAUUUGGAUCAAGAAAAAAUUAAGUGGUACGACUGUGCGAACUGUCCAUACAGAAGUAAAGCAAAAUCUAAUUUAAGAAGGCAUACUAAUCUGACACUUGUGUUUAAACAACACAUUAAUACACAUGACGGCCCUAAGAGGGAAUCUAGUGAGGAAACAUCUAGUGAGGAAUCAUUUAGUGAGGAAUCAUCUAGUGAGGAUUCCAGCAUAGAAAACUACGGUUGCGCAAAAUAUUAUUUUGAGCCAAAUCUGUCGUUAAAGUCGUUUCAGCAUAUGUACUUCAGCAUGCACGGAAAUGAAAGAAAAUCUUCAAAGUGUGAGUUCUUUGAAAGAUGCCAAAAAUGCCCAUUCAAGACCAAAGCAAAAACAUAUUUAAGACAACACAUAAGCAACUUACACUUGAACGACGAAGACGUUAAAUGGCACAAAUGCAACGAGUGUUCUUUCAAAACUAAGCGUGGAGCAUCUUUGAAAAAACACGUUAAUUACAAGCAUCUAGACGACACAAAAAUUAAGUGUUGUAGUUUAGUUGAAUGUAGUACUAUAAUUUUGAAUCAUUUGUCUCAGACCCUGUAA